AUGUCGAAAGGCAGCUGCUGCGCGUCGGUUUGCCCGGCGCUUCAAGGUGACUGUCGUAUCGCUCGUCUGUUGUCGUGGGAAAACCCGACAACCACUGGUUCGCUGUUUUUGGGGUUCAACUUGAUUUACUUCUUCGUUUUUGUGCUGUGUAAAUCUCUUCUCUCUAUCAGCUGCUACUUCCUCCUUGUUCCCUUUGCUGCGGGUUUCGUCUUCCGCGUUCUUGAUCUUGCUCCCUCGUUUGGUGAGGGUCCUGUUGAAGUAGUCAGCAAGACUACCAUCAGCGCAAAGGUCAAUUGCUUGUACGAGAAACUGAAUCACUCCCUGGAAUCGAUCCGCGACAUCCUGCUCUGGAAGAAUGCAGCCUACUCAGCCAAGUGCUGUGUAUUGACGUGGGCCGCUGGGUACGUCUCGUCGUUCUUCUCCAUGUACUUCAUCAUUUUCUGCCUCGUGUGGGUUGCCUUUGGCUUCUCGUUCGUAAAGAAAAUGUGUGCCCCAACCGUGAGCAUGUACGUCUCUCCGUACAUCGAACAGGCCCGCGAGUUGUCUCACCGCGUGAUUGGAUCUAUCCCGCGAAUGGAUAACGUCACCAAGUAG